UUUCCGGUCAGCAGCAGCAGCAGCAGCGGCGGCGACCGACGGAUGUGGGGGGAGGGGCGGCGAUGAGGAGCGUGGGGUACGUCGGGAAGCACCGCCUCUCCGCCGCCAUCGCCCGCCUCGACCAGGAGCUCCAGUCGCUGCAGUUAGUGGAAAACAAGCUAUGCGCAGAGAGAACUACAUACAUUGGCAAGAAGAAAAUUCAGUUUCCCUUAAUAUUCUGCAUCAUAGACAGGUUGGAUAGAUUAUUGUGCAAUGCAAGAUUCUUCAAGAAUCUCUCCAGGCUGCAUUCGUAUUAAAGUAUAUGUGCAUUUGACACAGGAUGAACUGAACGAGCUUGAAACCAUGGAACCGGCAUCUGCUGCAUGCCAAGGAGUGAUCACAAGUACAGAGGGAAAAUCCGACCCGCUUCUUCCUCACCAUUGGUCCAGAGAACGCUUCUUGGGAGAGAUGGUUUCAGCGCGUGCGUAGCUCUCGCAGUAACAAAUGGUGGGCAUCCAAAGGCUCAGAUUUUUCCUAGCCCCCUCCUGCAAAGAUGAGACUACCAGCUUUGUGCAGAUUAAAAUCACCUGAACUGUAUCAUCCACGGAUGGCUUGGCAGCCAACAAGAACACAACGUCGCUUGCCGCCUUGCGGGCUGUCUAGUUCUUCUCAGGACACGCAAUAGUUUUUGGAGAGAAUUGCUAUUGUUGUUAAUGUAUGUAAUCCCUAACACGAACAUGGACGAAUGUACCGACAUUAUCUUCCAGAGCUCUUGAUUAGCUCUGCUUGAUUGAUUCUAAUGCUUUCCUGCAAUGCCAUGCAAAACAUUCAGAUUGCGAUGCACAAUAUGUCCAUGGAAAGGAUCUGGGAAGAAAAAAAAAUAACACCAGGUUCUGACCUUUGACGCUCAGAAUUUUACAUGUGCUGUGCUGUUAAUCUUCAGUCACUGGCCAGCUGUUUAUGCAGGUUAUCAACUUAUCAUGCAGGUUUAGUCUCGACUCUGAAAUAGAGUUGCCGUGGUUGUGAACAAAAUGGACGGCAAAUCAGCUACUCCGUCCUGAAAUAUAAACAUUUUUAAAAUAGUGUUAAGUCAAAUAUUUUUAAUAACAAAAAUAUAGAAAAGAUUAAUCAUCAUUAAACACAGUAUCAUAAUAUACAACUCUUUUUAUUUAAAGCUUUUUACUUUUAAACAUAUUAUUAGUCAAAGUUUCAUUUCGAAAACUAUGCUAAAUUCAAAAAUAAUUAUAUUUUGGGACGGAGAUAGAACUCGCUACUCAGCACCGCCACCCAGCCCAGCCAUCUCCUCUGCUCUCUCUGCCAUGGCUUCCACCGUCGCCUUCUCCGUGUCGCCAAUUGUCCGCCGCCUGCACUGCAGGAGGCCGGGGAGGGGAGGACUCGGAGGAGCACUUCUAUGCCCGUCCCGAGAACCAAGGCCGUGGCCCGAACGCCGCGGCGGCGUCCGUGCAGACCAAGGCCGGAAAAGAUCACCGACGAGCGCGGAGUGGCCGCCCGGCUGCCGUUCCCGACGCCGCGGGCACCGGAGAUCGAUCAGGCCUGGCAUGCUCCCCCAUAGAAGCAUUGGAUUCGCAAAGGGGGAGAAAUCUCUUGCUGUCUUCGUAAUGGACAGCAAGGACCUCAGAGAAACAUACAAGCAAGGUGAAGGUUCCCAAGAUGAUGUCCUCAAUUGCUGUAGCAGCAGCUAGCGCUGGGCUACGAGGACUAGCACAGCCCAUCAUCGGCAAUCUCAGCAGUUUUGCAUCUCGCUACGUUGGAGUGGACAUGGCACGUGAGAUGGUAGACCUGGAGACCAUCAUCCUUCCCCAGCUCAACCUGAUCAUUGCAUCUGCCGAGAGCCAACCUCAGCAUGUGAAUAACAUAGUGCAGAAAUGUCUGCAAAGACUCAAGGUAGAGCUGUCUCAAGCUGAAGACCUGCUUGAUGAACAUGAGUACGAUCUUCUCAAACACAGGAUGAAACAGAAGAAAUUAUCUGUGUUUUCUGUACAUGGUCAGUGCCAGGGUCCUAUUUCAAAUCCUUUUAUUUGGGUUCUCAGUAAUAUAUCUAGCUUAUCCCCUCACAACACUAAGAUGUUGAAUCAUUUGAAAGAGGUCAAGAGCAUUUUAGAAAAAGCAAAAAAUUUCCUUGGUGUUCUUUCAGUUGCAACACAAGUGAGUGCUGACACUGCAGGAAGCAGGGUUAUUCAAGACACAACAACCUUUCGUGAGGAAAAGGUUUUUGGACGUGACAAAGAUCGAGAUUCUAUAAUCAACCUCUUAUUUGAUCCUGCCAUGGUUGGAGGAGGAAAUUCCAAUAUAAAAGGCUACAGUAGCAUCGCAAUUGUUGGAGCUGGAGGCGCAGGUAAAACUACUCUUUUGCAAUAUAUCUGCUCUGAUGAUAGAGUACAGAACAAUUUCCAUGUUAUUUGGGUAUGUAUGUCACACAAGCUUGAUAUUCGCAAGCAUACGACAGAGGUUAUUGAGUCUCUGGCCACUGAGGAAACUCCUAAGAUACAAAAUCUCGAUACUCUUCAAAGAAAACUCAAGAAUUUGCUCCUGGAAAAAAGGGAAAAGGAAUUAUUACUUGUACUGGAUGAUGUUUGGUUUGAACAAAGGCACCAUAGUGAGUGGGAACAAUUUCUGGCACCACUCAUCUCGGCUGAAUUUAACAAGGGCAUCAGGAUUCUUGUUUCUAGUCGUUCCAAAGAACUUCCUUCAGUUCUAAACUGCAGGAAAACAGUUUCUUUAGAGGACAUAGAGGAGAAUGAUUUCCUAACAUUUUUCAGGUACUAUUCCCUUGGUCAUGUCCUGAUAGGGAACGAAGAACUAGAAGAGGAACUACAAGGAAUCGGAGAUGAUAUUGCCAAGAAGCUCCGACGGUCCCCUCUUGAAGCAAAAGCUGUAGCAUCUCGGUUGAGCAGAAUGUUAGAUGUUGAAAUCUGGAAGCAUGCACGGGAUAGCAAACAACUGGAUGGGAACAUAAUGGAAAAUCUACUGUGGAGCUACCAGCGUCUUGACCCACAGGUGCAAAGGUGCUUCUUGUACUGCAGUAUAUUCCCAAAAGGAUACAUGUUUCACAUUGAUGAGAUUAUCUUACUCUGGGAAGCAGAAGGCUUCGUGAGUUCUAAUGGCCGUUCGGAGAGAGCAGAGGGAAUUACCAGACAGUACUUUUACGAGCUGUCGUUAUCUGGUUUUUUCGGCAAGCAAUCACAUGGGAAAGACAGUCAUGUUGGGUAUAGAAUGCAUGACCUCUUUCAUGAUUUAGCAGAAAAUCUUUCUAUAGAUGAUGGCUACAGGAUAGAGACUGAAGAAAAUACUGAAAUACCACAAUUUGUCCGGCAUAUAUCUAUCUCUGUCCCCAGUCUUGAGAGGCAUGCUGCAAGCAUUUGCAAGCUUGAACAGCUUCACACGCUGAUCUUUUUCAACCCUGUAGCAGAUAUUGGCAAAUUUCUCAAGCCAAUGCUGAAGAAGCUGAAGAAACUCCGUGUGCUGUCCCUCUGCUUUUUCAGCAGUUACACACUACCAAAGCACAUAGGCAAGUUGAAGCAUCUCAGAUACUUGAAUCUGGAAAGGACGUCCAUUUCCAAGUUGCCAAAAUCUUCGUGCAAACUAUACCACUUGCUAGUACUCAAAAUGAACAAAAAGGUGCCCAAAACAUUGCCAAAGAAAGCAAACAAUCUCAUCAGUUUGAGGCGCAUCAACGGCCCUUUGAAAGACGUAUGUAAUGUCGGGAUGCUUACUUCUCUUGAAGAUAUGAAAGAAUUCCAAGUGAAGAAAGAGAAGGGAUAUGAAAUAGGUCAGCUAGGCAGCCUGACCAAACUUCGAGGACAUCUCCAUAUCAUGAAUCUUGAGAAUGUGCAAAAUAGGAAUGCGGCAAAGGAUGCAAAGCUCCAAGAAAAAGCCAAUCUUGAUGCAUUGCGGUUGGUGUGGAACCAUGACACAUACAAGAACAACAAUGUUGACUUGGAGGUACUCGAGGGACUUGAGCCUUCUUCAAGACUGAAUGAACUUGCAAUAGAAGGUUACAGAUCCACUUCAUACCCAAAGUGGUUAAGCGGUUGCUCUCAAAGUUUGAGGUCUCUUGAGCUCUUGAACUGUACCUUUCUAGAGAACCUCCCAUCCAAUCUUCAAUGCUUCGCCCGCUGCCGUAGUCUAGCUCUUCUGAAUCUCACAGGGCUCAAGAGGCUGUCACCUCUCCCAGAAAAUCUCACAAGUUUAAAAUUCGGUGGAUGCUCGUCACUCUGCUUCAUUUCAAAGGAGGAAGAAGAACAUGGAGUAAACCCGGCCAGGGAGAAAGCUUUGCAGCCUCUGACGAGCUCUACCGAGCUGGAAACACUUACUGAAAUCCUAAGACUGGAUGGGUCAGAACUGGAGCAGUUUCAGGCAUGCUUCCAGGAGCUCCAGUAUCCAGUAAGCACAAUUUCUGCCAGACGCCGUGAUGUUGCGCAACUGGUCCUGCCAUUAACGCUCCGGAGGCUCGAGCUAUCAAGCUGCAACAUCACAGAUCAGGCCUUGUCUGAAUGCCUGCGAAGCCUCACCUCUCUGAAAGACCUGGCACUGUUGCAUAUCACCACCUUAUCUGCACUCCCGUCAAAGCAGGUUAUGGAGAAUUUGUCCAUGCUUUCAUCGGUGGGCAUAACUUCAUGCCGGUCUCUCUGCUCCGUGGCUGGCUUGGGAGCCAUUGCUUCACUUGAGAAGUUCGCAAUAAGCUUCUGUCCCUCACUAGAGCUCUCGGACCGCCGCAUCCUUCCCUCCCAGCUGAAGGAGGUCACGGUUCGUGGCUGCACGAUCCAUGAUGGUUUUCUGCAUGAUGAUCUACCAUUUCUGGUCAACCUUGAGAUAUCCAAAUGCAGAACCCCCUCGGUUCUACAAGUCGGUGCAUGGCCUUCUCUCAAAUGCCUGAAGCUGUGUGAUUGCCUGGAUGUUUGCUUCCUAGUAGGGUUACCUGCUCUGGAGUCACUCCAAGAAGUGCAGUUGGUGCUCCCAAACCUUGGAGCUGAUUCUUUUACCGGAUGCAAAGGGAACUGGAGAUCACUCCGAGUUAGGACAUCAUCUCUGCUCCAUGAUUUGUCUGAACUAGAGGGCUUUGCGCCCCCGAUGCUGCUGACAAUUGAGGGUUGCCAAGAGCCAGACUUCUCGUUGGAGGGCAUUCAAAAUCUCUCAUCAAUCAUCGGCCUGAGUUUCAUGAACUGCAAAGUCCAAUCCAUUUCAGCAAUGAAAGACCUCGCGUCUUUGGAGACUCUUGCCUUCUUUGACUGCCCAUUGCUGAUUUCAUUGCCUGAACUGCCUCCAUCAGUUCAAUAUCUGGACAUAAUUGGCUGCCAAAUCCUGGAGAAGAGUUGCCGAUCCCGUCGUGGGGAAGACCGGCGAAAGAUUUCUCAGAUCCCUCACGUGGUAAUGUAUGAGUAAUGGUGAUGCUUGGAACGCUGCGAGCAUUCUGCAAGGUUGCAAUUGGUGUUCACUUGUUUAUCCUAGAUAUCCUGCAAGGUUACUUGGAGAAAUGAACUUUUCACCAAUUACACUCGCAGAUAGAUUUAGUGAUUUUUUGAAAGAUUAACUGUAAGAUUUCGUCCUUCAGUAGAUAGAUACCCCUCUAUGAAUAUUGUCAAAAUCAGUGAGUGAAUUGGGGAUUUAACUGUUGAUCCA